UUUUUAUCUUAAUUGAAAAAGAACAAGAACAAGGUGGGAUGUCGUACCUGCUGCCGCACCUGCACUCCGGAUGGGCUGUAGAUCAGGCCAUCCUAGCCGAGGAAGAGCGACUCGUCGUCAUCCGUUUCGGCCAUGACUGGGACGAGACCUGCAUGCAGAUGGAUGAAGUGCUAGCAUCUGUUGCUGAGACACUUAAGAACUUUGCUGUAAUCUAUCUUGUGGAUAUCACCGAGGUGCCUGAUUUCAACACAAUGUACGAGCUGUAUGACCCAUCCACAAUCAUGUUUUUCUUCCGAAACAAGCACAUUAUGAUUGACCUUGGCACUGGAAACAACAACAAGAUUAACUGGGCUAUGAAGGACAAGCAAGAGUUCAUCGACAUCGUGGAGACGGUGUACCGUGGCGCAAGGAAGGGUCGUGGUUUGGUGAUUGCACCAAAGGACUACUCCACCAAGUACCGCUACUAAGUCCACAUGCUGCAAGUUGAAGUUUGUAAGAACAUAUCUUGAAACCUUGCUGCAUAUGCAUUAUGUAAAAGCUGAAGUUAUUUGAAUACUUGUUGCUUUGAACUUGAAUUUGAAGAAGUCAAUGAUCACAAGGAGGGCUUUCUAUGCUUGACAUAA